UUGGCUGCGGCAGAGCACACGCGAUCGACGGGUGACGCUGGCGACCCCGCUAAAUCUAGCCCCGCGACAAAGCUCAGGUCAACAUCGAGCGCACCCGCUGUACUUCUCAGUAAAAUGGGUAUAGAAGAGCAAAAGGAGGAGAGAGAAGUCCUCGACUCGAUCUUUCCAGAUGAAAUUACAGAUGUGACAGACACCGAAUACCGCGUUUCAAUAGCGCUCGACGUAUCACCAGAUUACUCAAUUGAUGGCGAUGAUGCCGAAGAACUGCCGACGAUACUCCUGCACGUCCGAUAUCCUCCAGACUAUCCAGAUGAAGCCCCCGAAUUGGACAUAUCAGCCCCUUCGAAUGCGCCCAAGCACCCCCUUCUUGACAUUCAAGAGGAUAAGCCUCGGCUACUGGAGUCCCUUCAAACUACAAUAGAAGAGAAUAUAGGAAUGGCUAUGGUCUUUACCCUCGUUAGCACUCUCAAGGACAGCGCUGAGCUCCUAGUCACAGAGCGACAAAAAGCAGAGGAGGCAGAAAAGGAAUUUGAGGCAGCAAAGGCAGAAGAGGAAGAGAACCGAAAAUUUGUCGGCACCGCAGUGACAAAGAAAUCGUUUCUGGAGUGGAGAGAAAGGUUUCGACAAGAGAUGGUCGAGGAGGAGAAACGUAAGCAAGAAGAGAAAGAGAUUGAAGACAAGAAGAGGCGAGUUGCGAAGGAAGAGAAGAAGCUUACCGGCAGGGAACUAUGGGAACGAGGCCUGGCUGGUAAGACAGACGAAGAGGACGAGGAAGAAGGCGCCGAUGGCUUAGAGGGACUGAAGCGAUUAAAAGUGAGCGGAUAAAGCGAGGAACCGAUUUGCCUAUAAAUCAAAAACAUGCAAAUUCAACGCCAUCCGUGGAAUCUUCCGGAUAGGUCCAAUUCUCAAGGUGCCCAGGCG